AUAUCAGUCACUUUAUCAUCACCCCUUCCCCCCUUCAAUAGUUCAAUCUGGAAUAUUAUUUUCUUUCUGAACAAGAUAUAUUCUAGAGAAUUCAAAUUCAAAUCAUUUCUCAAACAAAUUCAAUAUCAGAUCCAAAUCUUCUAAUCAUCUAAUUUCUGACUUCUAAUCAAGUGUCAGGUGACAAGAUGAGUGAGGUAUUUGAAGGUUACGAACGCCAAUACUGCGAGCUUUCGGCUGGAUUGUCGAAGAAGUGUACCUCUGCUAGUCUUCUUGAUGGAGAGCAAAAGAAACAGAAACUUUCUGAAAUAAAAGUUGGACUCGAAGAAGCUGAAUCUCUGAUACGGAAAAUGGACCUUGAGGCAAGAAGCAUGCAGCCAAAUAUGAAGGCCGUGCUCCUUGCUAAACUAAGGGAAUACAAAUCUGAUCUGAAUAAUUUGAAGAGUGAAGUUAAACGACUUUCUUCGACCAACUUAGAUCAGGCUGCUCGAGAUGAGUUGUUAGAGUCGGGAAUGGCUGAUGCAGCAACCGUUUCAGCAGAUCAAAAAGCAAGACUACUUAUGUCGACAGAAAGAUUGAACAAAACUAGUGACAGAGUGAGGGACAGUAGAAAGACAAUGUUGGAGACUGAAGAGCUCGGGGUUUCUAUUCUCCAAGAUCUAAACCAACAACGACAGUCUCUCUUGCAUGCCCAUGGAACACUUCAUGGAGUCGAUGACAACAUAGGCAGGAGUAAGAAGAUUUUGACCAACAUGUCAAGGAGGAUGAGCAGGAAUAAGUGGAUUAUCGGUUCCAUAGUUGCUGCACUUGUUCUUGCCAUCAUCAUGAUCCUCUACUACAAGUUGAAGUAGUAUAUCAAGUAAGAUUGAUAUAUUUGAUGCUCCAAUUUUUCACCAACCCCUUUGUUGGUUAUGUUUUGCUGCGAGACAGCUUUUCAUUGUAUUAUCGUGUCGGCCUUUUCAUAAUGGAACACGUUUUUCUUGUUUUCUGGCUCAUGUUGUAAUCGGUUGAGUAUUAAUUCUAUUCGACAGGUAUUAUCUGCUCUUGUGAUAAUGGCAAAUGGAGUAUUUUCUA